GGGGAUGGGGGGGCGGCGCGCGCUCCCGCGGCGGUGAUGGCGGUGCGUGGACGCGCGGCGGCGGCAGCAGCGAUGGCCGCGGUGGAGCGGCGCCCGCCCAGCCUCGAGGACUUCGCGGGGCAGAGCUGGAGCGCCUGGGUGGCGCGCGCCGGGCCGGCCGCCGACACAGCAGGGGCUGAGCUGGAGGAGAGCAGCAAGAAUGGGAGCAAGAAACUGGACGCAAUGACCCUCAUCAAGGAAGACAUGUCUAUCUUCGGUCACUGCCCGGCCCAUGAUGAGUUCUACCUGGUGGUGUGUAACCACUGUAGCCAAGUGGUCAAACCUCAGGCCUUUCAGAAGCACUGCGAACGACGGCAUGGACCUCUCAGCAAACUGUAUUCACGGGCGCAGGCGUCCUCCAACGCGCAGAAGUGCCACGUGGUCAAUGGGCAGCCACCUGCCUGCGGGGGCCAUGGCACCACCAAGGUCACACGGGAGAAGGCCCAGAGCUCCCGCAGCCGGGCCCAGCACCCAUCAGAGAGGCCAGAGAAGGCCCAGAAAGACAACCUCUGGGAAGAAGCUGCUGACCCCUCUGAGCCCGUCCCUUCUCCUUCCAGCCUGUUCAUGCCGGUGGUGAACCUGGAAAAGAUUUCCAGCCUUCCCAAGCCUGAUGGACAUGGGAUCAAGGUGCCCCCAAAGCCCUCUGCCUCUUCCAUGCCCGGACAGCCUUCCACAAGCUCCAAAGAGCCCCUGGGGAAACCAUCCCUGGCAGCAUCUCCGAAAGAUCCGCUUGUGCCAAGCAAGGUGGGAGGGGACUCCAUUGUGCCCACCGAUGCCCCAAGCAGGAAACCGGAGAGCACAUCUGCCUUGGGGGAGAAGGAGCUGAGUUCCUCCAAGCCUCCUCCCAAAUCCCACAAGAAGAUGGCACGGAAGGAGUGUGACUUGAACAGGCAGUGUGGAGUCGUGAACCCCGAAACCAAAAAGAUCUGCACCCGGUUACUGACCUGCAAGAUUCACUCUGUUCAUCAGCGCCGCGAGGUGCAGGGCCGGGCGAAGGACUUUGACGUGUUGGUGGCCGAGCUGAAGGCCAACUCCAGGAAGGGGGAGUCUCCCAAGGACAAGAGCCCGGUGAGGAAGGAAGCAGCCCCUGAACGUCUCUCCCAGGAUUCCUCCUCCUUGGCGCAGACCGCGUUGGUUUUACCCAGCACUUCCCCUUGCCGAGCCAAGCAGCCCCACUCCCACUGUGCGCCUCUCAGGUCCAGGGUUUCCUCAGAGAGUGACCUGGAGGACCUGCCCACUGUCUCCAGUGAGGGAGACCCAGGCCUGUACCCCUUCCCCCUGCCCAAGGGGAAUAGCCGGCUAUCGAGCGAUGAGAGUGAGGAUGACACGGCUGAGGAUGUUCACGGGCUGGACUGCCAUUAUGCAACACGGCCACCGCGGCCACAGGCGUUCUGCACCUUUGGAAGUCGCCUGGUCAGCCCAGGGUGUUACGUCUUCAACCGACGGCUCGACCGCUUCUGCUCAGCACUCAGCUCCAUGCUGGAGAGACAUCUCAACUCGCACAUGUGGAAAAAGAUCCCUCCCGCCGCUGACCCCCAGCUCCACACGGCUUCAUCACCUACCGUCCCAGGCGCCUCUGCUGGUGGCACGGCCCAGACAUACAGCUCCUCCCCAGCCUGCAGCCUUCCCCACAGCACCCCUGGGAGGACGUCUUCAUCCUGCACAGCUUCUGCCUCGGUGAUGGCUGCUCGGGAGAGCCGCAGCCACCCCAGCCUGAACUACACGGUGGGCUCGCCCCAUGCUGCCGCUGCCUGCAGCCAGUCGGACUGCACGGGCGGGAGCCAGUCCAUCACGUCUCCACUGCCUGCCAACACCCCCUCUCCCUCCUUCAGCAAGUUGCCUUCCACCAAGGCCAGCAAGUCCUCCAAAGCCAAGGAGCUGGCAGGCAGCGUGGAGCCUGAGGCCUCAGCCCGAAAACGCAAGCAGCCUCUUGGAGCUGCUGCGAGCCCGCCAUAUAAACGGACCUGCCUCCUGGACUCAAGCAAGGGCAAGGCAGCCGGCUGCCAGGUCUCCCACCCCCCUGCCAAGACUAAACCUUCCCUGGGCUCCUCCUCCACUGCCUCCUUCAAUGGAGCCCUAUCGCCAGGCUCCAGAGUCAAACGGGCUGGCCACCUGGACUGCAGGGCCACGAGCCACCCGCCAGUCAAAGCCUCCCAGCUGGAAAACCGGGGCUCCCCCCUCAACGGCCCCAAAGCGCUUCAGGCCAACUGCAUCUCGGACGAGGAGGCCAAGAAGCGUAAGAACACGGCCACUUACUGCAGGCCGAUGAAACCCAAGCACUCUGCCUCUUCCUCCUCCUCCUCGUCCUCUUCCUCUGACUCGGGCUGUUCUAUCAGGAGGAAGAAACCAGUUGCCUCCUUGGCCUUUGAGGAGAAGCGGAACGCACUGAAGUCAAAAGCGCAUUAACAAGGAAGUGCCUGGGUCGUGCAGAAGGAGCCAUCAGCCCCGGGGACCGGGAGCCCCUGGAUCAGAGUCAGAGCCCGCUGCUUUUUAUAACUUUAUAUUAUUUUUUUUAAAAAAGAAAGAAAAGACUCUAUAAAAUACCUCAAGACUCUUUUCCUGUUCUGUUGCUGCUAAAAACAAACAAAAAAACCCAAGGAAAAAAUGAGAGACAAACCCAAUCCACACCUGGGAGGAGGUUGGAAGCAGAUAGACUGGACUGAGGUGGCAGCCGCACGGCCGGGCUGGGAUAUUUAUAAACAUUACUAUUGCUGUUUUUGUUUCUUUUUUUAAAAAAGAAAAACCCCGUAUCAAAA